CUCUGCAUAAAGCGUGGAGCCUCCGCUCCACCCAUGCUUCGUACUACCUGUCCCUCGACGCGCGCGACCCCUCCAUUUCUUCAUUUCUUCACGCUACUCACCGUGUAGUUUGUUGCAAGCUGAUUUGGUGCUUCAGCACUAUGGCUCCCAAGCGGCGCGGAAACAAGGUGGUGGGCUCCGUGGUGAAGACCAAAGUGGUGCAGGAGACCGUGGAGGUCAUUGUCGCCGACGACGAUGAUACGGCGGAGGCGGAGCAGCAGAUGGUCCCGGAGGCCCUUGCCGUGGCGCCUUCCGCCGUGGACGUCUCCGGCUCCACGGUGGUGCACGUCGUCGAGGUCACUACCCCGGACGGCGGCGACAAUGCCACCGGCUCCAAUGUGAAGCAGCCCGCCGUCGCCAAGAGAGGCCGUGGCAGGCGCGAGGAGGAGAAGGAGAAGCAGCCGGCUCCGCCGGAGGAUUCUGUACUCGUGCCGCAGAGCCAGGAGACGCAGGACCCCAACGAGGAGGAGGAGGAUCAGGAGGACGCCAGCAAGAAGAAGAAGCAGAAGCAGAAGCAGCGCCAGCAAGACGAGGACGACGAGGCGCAGCCGGAGACUCCGCGGGUGGCGUCGGAGAGGAAGAAAGCAACACCAAAGAAGGCGAAGGCGAAGGCGCAGCCGCAGCAGCAGGCGGGUGGCGGUGGCGACGCCGGCAAGAAGCGGCCGAAGGCGCGGCGCCGGCUGGGGCAGGCCAGCGCCGGAGGCGACGCCGGCAUGGGCGGCGUCGGAGGGUACAAGCGGUACGUCUGGCGCGUGCUGAAGCAGGUGCACCCGGACCUCGGGGUGUCGGGGCACGCCAUGCAGGUGCUGGACAUGAUGAUGGCCGACAUGUUCGAGCGCCUGGCGGACGAGGCGGCGCGCCUGUCCAAGGCCACGGGGAGGAUGACGCUCACCUCCCGCGAGGUGCAGAGCGCCGUCAGGCUUGUGCUCCCCGGGGACCUGGGCAAGCACGCCAUCGCUGAGGGCACCAAAGCCAUCUCCAAGUACAUGUCCUACGCCUAGCUACGUAGGGUAGCUGAUGACACGUGGAAAUGUACCGUAUCUUGAAGUCUUAAGUAUGUAGACGUAGUAGUAGUGUGUACUGCAGACUGUAGUAUACCAUGCCAAGGAGCUAGCUACUGUACCUGUACGUAGCUAUAUGUAGUUGGUCGUUUCCAGUGUAAUCAGGUUAGGUGUCUGUACUGUGACACUGUGUAUGUUCUCGUUGUUUUACCCGACCAACUUAUUUAUUGUUUCGAAUCCUUGU